AUGAUUACCAUGAGCCCUGCAUCGUCAAACAUCAACAGCACUGAUUUGGACUACUACUGCACUGAGACGCCGACUGUUGCCAUCAUUUGGUGUGUCUUAGGUGUACUUUGUGCUUGUGUGGGUAUUCCUGCCAGCGUGUGGCUCCUGUGGGUGCUCGUUCAGAGGCAGCGCAGUGGCACGAGUAACGACAUCUACGUAGUCAACCUCACUGUCAUGGACUUAUUCUACAAUGUUGGCACAGCACCUUCCAUGAUCAAUUACAUUGCAUUUAGGAAUCACGCUUUUGUUUUACUUGAUGAAAUCCUGUACUCGUUUAGUGCAAUUGGGAGACCCCUGUUCAUGACAUGUAUGUGUAUGGACUGUUUCAUGGCUGUGGUUUACCCCAUUACCUACAUGAAGAUGAAGCGCUAUAGAUACAGACUGCUGUCCUGUGCAGCAGUGUGGGGGAUAACACCAUGCAUCGGUACGAUUAAUGCCUUUAUAUGGUAUUCCCCUAUCCCUGGGGCCUUGUACUGGUUGCUUGUUCCAACCAUUGCCAUCUGUGACCUUGCUAUCCUCUACACUUUGAGAAAGCCAGAUCCUUCCGGAAGGAGUGACGUCCACCCACAAAAGCAGAGGGCCCUGCAGACCAUCACCAACAGCUUCGUCAUGACCCUGGUGUGCUACCUGCCAUUAAUGGCUAUGGGUCCUUUCUUAAGGCUCAUGCCUGCUAGUGAUCAGGUGAAGUUUUGUGUAAUCAGCCUACUUGUUUAUAUUGCACCGUUGCUUGGUGGUAUUAUCAUGCCCCUGCUCCAACUGCACAGCCUGGGGAGGCUGAGGGGUCUGCUGUACUGCACACGUGACUCUGGGUCUUCAGAACAGCCAGACCAACAGCUUUAA